AUGGAGGUUCCGGCAGGCAUGCGCAAGAAGUGGCUCAGCGUUCCCAAGAAAGCUCCACAGACCGGGAGGCGCGGAUCGACGCACAAGGGAAAAGCCGUUGCGUCGCGGGCCCACGCAAGCUCGCGUGACGAGAGUGAGAGGUCUGACACGGCGCUGCGUGCGGGGCCCAGCCGCAAGCGCCGUCGGCGCACCUCUGAUGCUACGUCUUUCGUACCGUCCGAUGCUUCGCGCUCGCCCGCGAGCGUUCGGCCCACCAGUAGCAAUGAAAGUGUCGAUGAGUUGGACGAGGAUGCGGACGGGGCACAGGACGAGAUCGACGGUGAAGACGAUAGUGCCGAGGAUGACACGGAGGAUAGCGAAGCGGAGAAAGAGGCAAAUGAUCGCGAGGUUAGGGCCGAGCCGGAGCUCACUCGCAAAUGGCUCAGCAAGCCGCGAAGGAGCACGGGGAUGGACCGAGCGGCGGAGCGCAGGGUCGCUAUUCUCGAGCGCAAGGUCGCAAAGCUCGAGAGCGACCUUGAGGACAGCAACCAGCGCACCGCGACGCUCGAGUCCCGCCUCGCGAAGCUCUCGAAGGACGUCAGGAAGAUGCGGAAGUGA